CGCGGUUGCGAUAUCUGUGUAACCAUUUACUCACGUGCUUCGGACAUGCUGCUGCCGGACAUGUCAAGAUUCCGCCCAAACGUCCGCCCUCUCCGGCUCUCCGUCCCUCGUUCCCGUCUCGCUUCCAUCUACCGAUCAGGGUGCCAGGUACUUUCUAUUCACCCCACCCAUACCUGCCGGCACCAUGAGUUUGGUCAAUAUUGUUAACGUGGAGAUUUUGAACAACCCAUGCUCUUUCUUUGACCCAUUUCAAAUCGAGAUUACAUUUGAGGUUAUUGCAGAGUUACAGGAAGAUUUGGAGUUCAAGGUGGUUUACGUCGGAUCCGCCGAAAGCGAGCAACACGACCAAACCCUCGAAUCUGUCAUGGUCGGCCCCGUCCCAGUUGGAACAAGUAAAUUCAUGCUAGAGGCGCCACACCCAGACCCCAGCCGCAUUCCACCUGAAGACGUUGUAGGCGUCACCGUCAUUCUUCUCAUGUGUUCUUACCGAGACCGGGAGUUUGUUCGAGUGGGAUAUUAUGUGAACAACGACUACACGGAUGAAUUAAUGAGGGACGAACCACCCCCAAAGCCGUUGUUUGAGAAAUUGCAGAGGAGUAUUUUGGUAGAUAAGCCAAGAGUGACCAGGUUUUCUAUUCCUUGGGACACUGAAGAGAAGCGAGAAAAGAAUGAAGGGGGCAAUGACAUGGAUAUUUCUCAACCUGGGUCGCCGGAAAAAGGCAUCGCAGCAGUGGGACCAUCGGAUAACAUGGCGCAAGAAGCUGUAUGAGGUGGCCGCAUAAUGUAGGGAAUAGCUGGGGGAUGGGCUUAGAUUAGUUUGUUUGAAUCGCGCUAGUAUUUUUUUUUUUUUCUUGUAGGUAGUGUUUCUCUUUUAUGUUCCUUUUUCCUUGCGCUUUGAAUACCACUGGGUUCCUGAUCAUUUUGCAUGUGGGCCACAAUAGUAUGCGAUCAGCUUUGGUGA